GCGUAUCUGAGGCGGCUGUCGAAGGCGUGACGUGGCAAACCGUGCGAGGAUUGGCAGAGAUGGACAGUCAUGGCUGCUCAAACGGUCUACGCGACGAAGAGAUCGACGCAGUGGCGAUGGAGGUGACUGUCGUCAUCGUGAACACGAUGGGCGACAAGGAGUCCUCGUCGCACGACAUGCUGACAUGGCUCCGGCAACGAAGAGCGCUGUUGCAGAGCGUUGCAGAGGCGCCGGAUUGCGGGGCGACGUGUGAGGAAGGCGUCAAGUUGUGUGCCGCGGUGACGUCUGGCGUUUUCCUGCGGCAGACUCCGCGAAUGGCAACUGGACUGCAGGCCGUCCGCGAUGUCACUUCGGCGCUGCUGCAGGCGUACCCCAACGCGAUAAAGUGGCCAAUGGGCAGGAGACGUGCGCAGAUUCUGUGCGCUUUCUGCGAGAAGGGUUUCCCAAACUGCUUCGGCGCUAUCGACUGUACACACAUCUACAUGGACAAGCCCGCCGGCGCACCUUUCGAGAACUACUACGACCGCAAACAGAAGUUCUCCGUGCAGGCGCAUGUGGUUGUGGAUUUGGAUUUGCGGAUCCUCGACGUCCACGUGGGAUACCUUGGAAGUGUGCACGACGUUUGUGUCCUGCACAAUUCCCAGUUGUUUAGGCGUGCAGAAAGUGGCGAGCUGUUUGACGCAACUCCGGAGAAUCUGCCGCAUGGUGUCGUCACGCGAGGCUACCUGCUGGGCGACAACGGUUAUCCAGUUGCCUGUUCGUGGAUUGUGUCCCCGUACGGAGGAAUCGACCAAGGUGCUGACGAGGAACGCUUUGACAAGCGGCAAAAGGUGGCACGGGGGUGUGUGGAGAAGGCAUUCAGCCGACUCAAGUGCAUGUGGUGUUUGUUCUUGCGCACCCAUAAGACGAACCUAGAGACCUUGCCACAACAAUUCGUGGCUGUCUGCACUCUUCACAAUAUCCUCCUGGACGCGAGGAUCGACUUCGACGAGAACCUUUUGUGGGAGGUGGAUGCGAACAAUGUUCAGCGUAGAGUGGACUUGGGCAUUGUGGGGAACGGCGCUCGCGGGCGGGGACGGUGCACGAACGUGGAAGGUGAAUUGUUGAGGGAUGCACUGCAAGACGGCCUAGCUUUGAUGUAGGACCGUGUGGUAGGGAGGUGGUGCACACGGGGUGGUUCGAUCGGUAGGCGGCUGGAGUUAUUACGUGGUCCAUGUC